GACGAGACCUAUUCUACCAUUUCGUUUUCGUUGGGUUUGGUUCACUUUAUUCACUUAUAAAAUUCAGUAUUCAGUUUAAGAUGUUCACCUCACCCAAUUAUUUCAGUCGUGUUUUUCAUCCGCUGAAAUAAAAGUAGCUGGUGUUCGCGAAACUUGCUUGCUUUCCAGAAAGCGUGCAUUAUAUAACCCUGAUGAACAGUUGAAGGUACCGAUUACGAAAAAACGUAGUUGUCAUUUAUUUAGUGAUCCACCGGUCGUCCCUCUAGCGAUUUCGUUACCAGUGGUGAGAAAGAGGGUAAAGAGGGCACCAUCAGAAGAAAGCGUAAUGUAUGUGGGAAGCGAGACACUUUCUUCAAGUGAGCGACGUCAAAGAGAAAUGCGACGCCUUAUUUUAAAAAUCCAAAAAAAUAAAGCAGCGUCGCAAACUGUAACGGCGAAAGUGUAUGCUCCAUCCGACCCCGAAGAAGAGGUGACGCCCGAAGUGGAAGCCAAGAAACCCGUGACGAAAGAGCAAGUCUGGGAAAAAAAAUUAAAGUCUGUGAUAGAGCUGUCAUUAAAUACUUUAGUGGCAAGCCUUCUCAAUAUUCCAAAUAAGGUGGAAGCUUGCCACAUAGCAUUUUGUGAUGAUUUUAAAGAGGGGAUAGUGAUGGUUCUUGAACGCCAUCGGGACCGUCUUCAGCAGAGUUUGGAGGAGAAUAAUAAGGAAAGUCACAUACUUCGAAAAGCUGUAGAAGAUAUAUUUGAUUAUGUUGACAAAAUGUUGGAGGCUCUUGAUCAGGACGAAUGUCGGUUAAUGAAGGACCUCAACAAUACGAACACUUUGCUGGAGAAUGCUGUGAGAUCGGAUUCUCGAGGUUUGAACAACAAAAAUACCGCUGAUGGCGAUUGAAUAAACCACCAUUUCUAUUGUGUAAUUUUUAUUACAAUUUUUGUUACAACCUGUACUUUUUACAACCAUAAUAAAACAGUUUUCCUUAAA